CUUCGAUCAAUUGAUCAAGAACGCGCAAGGUGUGCUGCUUAUCCUGGAGGUGCUCAGAUUUGCAGGCGCUUUUCUCAUGUUUCUUCAACGCAGCUUGUUGUUAAGAUCAGCUCUUGUUUCUCAACAAGCAUUCCUUAGUGUUCUCUGUCCUUACGAGUUUUUGCGCGCCAGAUUUGCUUCGGAAGAUGCGGUGGGAAUGAAGUGUACUACCACCACCUCGCCGUCACUCUCAACAAGAGCAACCUUCUGUGGACAUCUGCACACAGCACCUUUUGGUUUGUUUACUGGGGUGGCCCAUCUGCCACUGAUCAGGGCAUACGGACAUUUGGGACAGCAGCCAGAUCCAACUUCAUUGUUGGAACAGAGCUGCUUGUCUCCAACAACACGCGGCAAAGCCCCUUUGAUCAGGACUUUUGAGAUUGCAGCAGGCGCACCGGCCCAGGCUAGAAGUAGGUGCUUUGCAAGUAGGGCAAUGUUGAGAGACUGUGCUCCAACAGGGGGCGUGGCGCCAAGCCCACCACUGGCGCCCGCAGGCGUCACGUUUGUGUCCAGUGGGGAAGAUGAAACUGGCCUCUUGGCGCAGCUCCUUGUGCAAGUGUCAAAUCCUGGAGAUGUGAUCUGCCUCUACGGCCAGGUCGGAGCUGGCAAAAGUGUCUUCAGUCGGGCGUUCAUACGAGCAGUGGCAGCUGAUGCGAACCUGGUCGUGCCUUCCCCCACGUUUCUUCUUCAGCAAGUCUAUGAAGAUCAUCCUGGAACGCCUGUGCAUCAUUUCGAUUUGUAUAGAUUGACUGGACCAACUGAGAAUUUCGAGCGGCUGGGCAUGGAGGAGUCUUAUAAGACUGCCAUCAGCCUCAUCGAAUGGCCUGAGUGUCUUGGGAACAAUCUUCCUGAAGAACAUCUAGACAUCCACAUAGACAUGGCCCCUUCACAACCUGGUGACCAAGUGAUUUCGGUGAGCGAGCUAGCCCAGUUGUUGCAAAAUUCGGAACCGGUGCUCGAAAGCUCGUCGCGUCUACCAACAGCAACGUCAAGCAGACAAGUUGCUGACAUUAGUGACGACGAUUCUGACGAGGAUGACUUAGAAGAGGAUGCUGCAACGGAUGAGACAUACUCUGACAAACGGCCACGUCGAUUUGUAUUGAACCCUCAAGGUCAGAGUUGGGCUAGGAGGUUGGAAAAGCUGUUGGGCCGAAAACAAUCCUGAAAGCGGCAUGUUCUGCGGAAGCUUUGAAGUUCUGAAACUUCGGAUUUAUUGCCGCUUGCGGGAAUGAAGAAGUCGGCACCCGCGGUCGGGGCCAUCAGUCGUGCCUGCGACCUCAUUAAAGAUCUAUGAGUACU